UGUCUAUUCUUCAGUAAUCCUUUCUUAUUCAGAAUUUUUCCAAUCUUUUCUCUUUUAGAAAGCAUGAACCAUCUUAAUUAUCUAGAAGAUUUGCCCUAACAACUCCAGGAAACAAUGUUGUUAGUCUCUUCAAGGGACAAGGGUUUAUGGGUGGGUGAACAGUUGGUUCUCCUCCUGUCCAGACGAGUGCUGCACUGGCCAAGGCAGGAAUCGAGAGGAGGAGCUGCGUCCGCCAUGGCUGUGGGUGCCGGAGCUGUGGUGCUGUUCUUGGCUGCUGCUACUCUCUUGGGGGCUAGUGCCAACACAGACUCUGAUGAUGUGAACGCUCUCAAUGUGUUGUACACAAGCAUGAAUUCUCCAGCCCUGCUGACGAAUUGGGUGUCACAAAACGGAGAUCCCUGUGGACAGUCGUGGCUUGGGAUCACUUGCUCAAAUUCCAGGGUGACCACAAUAAAGUUAUCUGGUAUGAGGCUUAAUGGGACUUUGGGAUACAACAUGAACCUACUGACUGCACUAGUUGAGCUUGAUACAAGCAAGAAUAAUCUUGGAGGCAGUGACAUUCCUUACAACCUUCCUCCAAAUCUUGAGAGAUUAAACCUUGCAGAGAAUAACUUCACUGGAAGCAUACCAUACUCUAUAUCCCAAAUGAUUGCCCUUAGGAUUUUAAAUCUUGGACAUAAUCAUCUCACAACCACAAAUGAUAUGUUCAACCAGCUAACUAACCUAACAACAUUGGACCUCUCAUACAACUCACUUUCUGGUAAUAUUCCACAAAGCUUCAAUUCAUUGACAAGUUUGAGAAAACUUUACCUACAGAACAACAGAUUCAAUGGCACAAUAGAUGUCCUUGCUGAUCUUCCCCUUACUGACUUAAAUGUUGCAAAUAACCAAUUCACCGGGUGGAUACCUGAUAAGCUAAAGAAAAUAAAGAAUCUCCAGACAAAUGGAAACUCAUUUGGCAAUGGUCCUUCUCCACCACCUCCACCAUAUCAGUCUCCACCAUACAAAUCUCCUCCAUAUAAACCUCCACAGCCUCGACAACCUACUGCUCCAAGUACUACUGUUAACAAUAGCCCAUCUAAUGAUGGUGGCAAACACUCUAAACUAAGUGACGGUGCCAUAGCAGGAAUUGUAGUAUGUUUGGUGGUUGUGGGUUCAAUAGUUGCAUUCUUUGUGAUCAAGAGGAAAUAUUGGGCAUUGCCACGGGGAGGAGAUCCUGAACAUAGGGAACCUCUCAGCCCUAUUGCUUCGGGAUUUAAAGACAGUCUCAAACAGAUGAAGUCAAUCAAGAUCAUCUCUACAGUUGGCAAGGAAGAAUUGCAGAAGACUGUUUCAAUGAAUUUAAAACCUCCAACAAAAAUUGACCUGCACAAGUCCUUUAAUGAAAAUGAUGUCACAAGCAGAUCGGACACAAGGAAAAUAAGUUUGAGUUCCAUCAGAACACCUGCAUACACAGUGGCAGACCUGCAGGUGGCAACUGGCAGCUUCAGUCCUGACAAUUUAAUCGGGGAGGGAUCAUUUGGCCGUGUUUACAAGGCAAAAGUCAACGAUCAUAAGGUCCUGGCUGUGAAGAAGAUCAAUUUUUCUGGGUUCCCUAGUCAUCCUUCAGAUUUGUUCAUUGAGUUAGUUGCAAACAUUUCAAGGUUAAAUCAUCCAAACCUCGCUGAGUUAGUUGGGUACUGCUCAGAGUAUGGGCAGUGCUUACUGGCAUAUGAAUUUUACCGAAAUGGUUCUCUCAAUGACUUCCUUCAUCUAGUGGAUGAUCAAAGCCAACCAUUGUCUUGGAAUACCCGUGUGAAGAUUGCCCUUGGAUCUGCGAGGGCCUUAGAAUAUCUACAUGAAACUUGCUCACCAUCCGUGAUACACAAGAAUUUCAAGUCGUCCAAUAUUUUACUGGAUAAUGAGCUAAAUCCCCAUCUUUCGGAUUCUGGGUUUGGUGGCCUUAUUCCUAACCAGGAAUCCCAGGCAUCAGACGACAACUCAGGAUACAAGGCCCCUGAGGUGACCAUGUCUGGCCAGUACUCCCUGAAGAGUGACGUCUACAGCUUCGGCGUUGUCAUGCUAGAGCUCCUGACUGGCCGGAAACCCUUUGAUAGGUCACGGCCACGGCCAGAGCAGUCACUGGUCCGGUGGGCAACUCCCCAGCUGCACGACAUCGACGCGUUGGACCGGAUGGUCGAUCCGGCACUCCAGGGGCUCUACCCUUCCAAAUCACUCUCCCGCUUCGCCGACGCCAUCGCUCUCUGCGUUCAGCCCGAACCGGAGUUCAGGCCGCCGAUGUCGGAGGUCGUCCAGCUGCUGGUCCGCCUCGUGCAGAGAGCGAACAUGACGAGGACGUGCGGCGCCGACGGUCACUCGUGGCGGCGCGACGGCGAGUCCGCAGCGUGUGAUUUUGGCCAUGCUCUGAAAUCCUCGCACAGAGCAUCAGGGCGUGCUGUUCCAUGCAAGGCACGGUCGUUUGCACGGUGUUCUUUGGGUGAUGGUUCUGCUGAGCAGGAGAUUGUGAUUGCUCUGGGAAGCAAUGUGGGGGAUAGGGUUGGUACGUUUGAGAGGGCAUUGCGGAUGAUGAAGAACUCAGGCAUAAGGAUCACCAGGCAUGCCUGCUUGUAUGAGACAGCUCCGGCUUAUGUGACCGAUCAGCCACGGUUCCUGAACUCUGCUGUUAGGGGCACGACUAAGAUGGAACCCCAUGAAUUGCUCAGGAGGCUCAAGGAGAUCGAGAAGGAUAUAGGGCGACACACUGAUGGGAUUAGGUAUGGCCCCAGACCGAUCGAUCUAGACAUUCUUCUGUAUGGUGACUCCCGGAUUAGUACCGAGAAUCUAGUCGUGCCACAUGAACGCAUCCACGAGAGGCCAUUCGUUCUAGCCCCUCUUGUCGACCUUCUAGGUUCAUCCACUAAUGAUGAUGUGGAGAAAAGUUGGCAUUCUCUUGCAAAGUGCACCGGUGGGUUCUUUGAAUUAUGGAACAAACUUGGGGGUGAAUCUAUGAUUGGAACAGAAGGAAUCAAGAGGGUAUUGCCUGUGGGAAAUCGUCUGUUGGAUUGGUCGGAGAGGACCCUUGUCAUGGGGGUACUUAAUCUGACACCGGAUAGCUUCAGCGAUGGGGGCAAGUUCCAGGAAGUGGAAGCUGCCAUAUCGCAGGCCAAGCUAUUAAUAUCAGAAGGUGCAGACAUCAUUGAUAUUGGCGCUCAAUCCACCAGGCCCUUUGCAAGAAGACUAUCUCCAGACGAAGAGCUUGAGAGGCUGAUUCCUUUGCUAGAUGUAAUCACUCAAAUUCCUGAGAUGGAAGGCAAGCUGCUCUCAGUGGACACAUUCUAUGCAGAAAUCGCUGCUGAAGCUGUUAAAAGAGGAGUGCACAUUGUUAAUGAUGUAUCUGGUGGACAGAUUGACCCAAGAAUCCUUGAAGUUGUAGCUGAACUUGGAGUUCCAUUUGUUACUAUGCACAUGAGAGGAGAUCCAUCUACUAUGCAAAGUGAACAAAAUCUAGUAUAUGGUCAUGUCUGUAAUGAGGUUGCUUCUGAGCUAUAUACAAGAGUGAGAGAAGCGGAGUUGUCUGGGAUUCCUUUGUGGAGGAUAGUUCUUGAUCCUGGCAUUGGAUUCUCCAAGAAUGCCAAACAUAACCUUGAAGUAAUUAUGGGCUUGGAAUCUAUUAGAACAGAAAUAGGCGAAAUGAGUUUAGGUGCUUCACAUGUGCCAAUUUUACUUGGUCCCUCAAGGAAAAGAUUUUUAGGUGAAAUAUGCAAUCGCACCAAUCCCAUUGAGAGAGAUGUUGCUACCGUCGCAGCUGCUACGGCUGGGAUAUUGAAUGGUGCUAAUAUAGUAAGGGUCCAUAAUGUUGGAUAUGGUGUGGAUGCUGCAAAGGUAUGCGAUGCAUUGAGGAAGGGCAGAAGAUGAUUAUACCACCUUAAUGGAAAAUAGAUGAUACUCCAUUUUUGUACUAGAAAAUAGUGAUCAAUAAUAAUAACUCUGCCACAAUGUUGGCUUCUCAUAUAAUACCAUAGGGCAAGGUAUCAUCAUAGAAAGCUUGCACACACAACUGUUAUGUGAACCCGAGAUGGAGCUUUUCCCUUUGUCACAUUGUUUCAAUAAUCUUCUAUGAGGUGUGUGCGCGUGUGUUUUCGGGGGCGCGGUGGGGCGAUCCACUUGUGGUUUCUAGUUCAUUUUGUUUCCUAGCUACCUGUGAUCCUUAAGAUUGAUACCUGUGUCCAGUGAUGAAACUGUCAGAAUGCAAGUGCCGGAUGAUUAAACUGCCAUCCAGAAUGGCUGUUCCAUGAUAUCAAUUCAGGCUUCUGAGGACAUUUCUUUUUGCUAGUUAUCGGAUUUUUCUAUCAUAGUGACUGCAUUCAUUCAGUUCCAUAAAGUUGCAUGUAACAACAGUUUUUGGCAAUUUGCUGCGUCAGUAAUACUUUGUGCAUUUCCUUCUGUUUUGGUCUACAUUGCGUUUAUCUUAUGCCAUUUUGUUAACUGUUAUUAGAAUAUAUUCCUUUGUGUUAUCCCAAACAAAUAGUCCACAACCAGUUGAUGGUUCGUUGAGGAUUCCUUGUUAUGUCUUAUUAGUAUUGCAAGUGCUGCAUGAACCUUUGGUACUGAUGUGACCAAUUAUAUCUGAGUGCAUUGCUUUAUCCAACUUCCAUGCAAAAUUAGAUGUUCAUCAUAUUCUUCUGUGCCCUUAUUUUGUGUCAUGUACAUUCGCUCACAUUUGUCUUCAUAGCAUGGGCAAUUUGUAGGGAAGACUUUUGUUCUACAUUUCUGAUGUGCAGCACUAGUGAAGGAUGAACUGUCAUAAUUGUAUUGUGAUGUGGAUCUGCUGCUCAAAUGUGAAGAGAGCAAGUAAUGGAUGUGAAGAGAGCAAGAAGGGAAUGACCCAACAAACUGAUUUAGUAUUUGGAGCAUCUGAGCUUGAAAGCAGACAAGGGAAAUUCAGAUGAACUUUGGCACACAAGGAACACAAAUCCUGAACUGUUAUCUGAAUGAACUGUCACGGUGGCUUAAUCCUUCCUCUCCGCACUCAAUUCAAUGUAAAAGGAGCUGUAAUAAUCUGAAACAAGAUUAACCUAGUAUUAAUUUGAUUUGAUGAUGUUCCAACCUGAUGAUUCAUGAAUUUCUUGACUGCUUGCUGAAUUCAGGAGUGACUUUGGACAUCAGCUAUUCAGCUUUGUCAGUUGCUGUCCUUUUCCAGAGCAAUUCAGUUAUCUUUUGCGUUAUCCUUUUUUUUUCAGAAUAAUAAAGGG